CCCCUUCAGCUCGCACAGAGGCCAUGGCUCAAACACCAGGUAGUCCGGAGAUACCCGGCCAGGCAAGCAAUAUCCCAUGGAGCGAUGUGGGCGAUGCGCCAGAGGCGCUGCAAGCACUGGAGUCGUACAAGAAAAAGUAUCCCUCUAAAGUGAUUGUGCGGUUCAAGGCCGUAGGGAAUGCGCCUAUCAUGAAGACCAACUUCUACAAGAUCACCGCUGCGAACCGGUUUCAGGCUGUCAUUCAGUUCUUGAGGAAGGAGUUGGGGUGGAAGGCUGGGGAUCCGCUGUUCACGUACAUCAACCUUGCGUUCUCGCCUGCACCGGACGAUACAGUAUCGAAUCUCUACAAGGUGCGUCCCUUCUCGGCUCAAGGCGGCUUGUGCUGACGUACGAUGUGCAGUCAUUUGCGACGGAUGGGCAUCUUAUAGUUAACUACAGCACUACCGCGGCUUGGGGCUAGUCCUUAUGAUGGCCUACCUGUCACUUUCUUGGUUCCUUCUUUGUGGACUCGAUGUCGUUACCACCAUGCUUUCACUUGUAUCAG